UAACUGAGUUUUUGGUACACCCUGAUAAUAAAGAGUUACAAUAAGCUAGCCUUGAAGUAACAAAUGCAUGGACUAGUUUCUCUGCAUCGUUUUGAGGCAAGCACACAACUACAAUCAUAACAUCAUUAGAAAAUGAAAUGAUUUCAUGAUUUUUAUGACUGUGAUAUUUUGUUUUCUUUGAUAAAUGCGGAGUUUAAGCGCAUAACAACCCUGCCCCUCCAAUCAGAUGUCUCUCUCAGCUGAAUGUGCUAUCUGACAAACUUCUGAAGGUUUUUGAGAAGAGAGGAGGACAGAUAGGUCAGCGUUUGAACUGUAUUAUGUCAAACAUGACUCAAGUUGAUGAUGUCGAUUUAGGCCGGGAUUGUCUUCUCAAGGGGCUGUGUGUGCACCUCAAUGAGAGAGUUUGUGGCCAUUGAGGGGAUUACAGUGGGACUUUAUGUUGUCAAACACAAUUCCACCAUGAGACCAGAGGACAGAUGAGACCAGAGGACAGAUGAGACCAGAGGACAGAUGAGACCAGAGGACAGAUGAGACCAGAGGACAGAUGAGACCAGAGGACAGAUGAGACCAGAGGACAGAUGAGACCAGAGGACAGAGGAGACCAGAGGACAUAUGAGACCAGAGGACAGAUGAGACCAGAGGACAGAUUGUCCUGGAAGGCCAACAGCUGCUACGAUGCCCAGGAGGAGCUGCAGGAGUUCCAGGAGGGGAGCCGGGAGCUGGAGGCCGAGCUGGAGGCGCAGCUGAGUCAGGCCGAAUACCGCCUUCGAGACCUCCAGAUCGAAAAUGAGAGACUGAAGAACGAGGUGGUCAACCUCAAGGAGAAGCUGGAGCAUCAGCAUGCCCAGAGUUAUAAGCAGGUUUCUAUGCUGGAGGACGACCUGGGCCAGACACGCAGCAUCAAAGAUCAGCUCAACAAAUACGUCCGAGAGCUGGAGCAGAAUAACGACGACCUGGAGAGAGCCAAGAGAGCAACGAUUGUUUCUCUCGAGGACUUCGAGGGCCGUCUAAACCAGGCCAUUGAGAGAAAUGCCUUCCUGGAAAGUGAGCUGGACGAGAAGGAGACUCUCCUCGAGUCUGUCCAGCGGCUGAAAGACGAAGCUCGAGACCUGAGACAGGAGCUGGCCGUACGGGAGCGGACCACCGACAGGAUGUCAGCACCCAGCUCCCCCACCUCUGACAUCGACAAGAUGGACUCAGCAGUUCAGGCCUCUUUAUCCCUCCCAGCCACACCCGUAGGAAAGAGCAUAGAGCACCCCUUCAUCACGCAAAAAGCACUGUCCAACGGCUGCAACGGCAACUCGUCCCUCACUCCUUCUGCUCGAAUCUCUGCUCUUAAUAUUGUUGGCGACCUUUUGAGGAAGGUUGGGGCUCUGGAGUCCAAAAUCGCCGCCUGCAGGAACUUUGCCAAAGACCAAGCAGCUAGAAAAAAUUAUUCCACAGACAACGGCAAACUCAUCAACAGCAAUGCCACAAAGUUCUCACACUCUCUUCACACGACCUACUUUGACAAAACGACUGUAAACGGGUUGGACCCCAGCUCCUUGACCUCCGUCGCCACAUCCAGAGCCGUGUCUCCACCAGCUCUGCUGCCUCUGAGUGUGUGAGACGAACCCCCACCACCUGAACCUCUACUGUCACUGUGGGAACCCAGAGGACACUUGAAUGACCUUUACAUUGUGUGCUAGGUGUGUGUAUGCGAGAGAAAGAGUUUGAAAGGAAACCGAUGCCGCGUGUGUUUGCCUGUUUGGGAUUGUGCAUUUUUUGACGUGUGGAAGAGAGGCUGGACUUCACAAUGAACUUGCCUCCAGUUUGCAGCUCUGAAUGCAUCUGUGAGUAGGUGCACAGUCGUGUGUGCACACGUUCCUACCACACACUUGCAUGUGCCUAAAGCUGUGCUUUACUGUGCUUGUAUGAAUGUCGUUACAAAUGUGUUGCUUUCUAGACGUCAACUCUGAAGUGGCACCGUUAUAUUCUUAGUUCCACUGUUCUUCUGAAACCCCGACAAACGGUCUUACCAGACCAAAGCAUCCUCUUGACUUCUUUUGCUCCUGUAUUUUCACUCAAAAUUGCACAGUUAAGCUAAUUUCAAUUUAGAAUGUAUUAUAUUUAAAAAGGGAUGUGUUCAUUUUAACUAAUUUAUCUCACAGUAUGCUUUAAAAUGCAAUAUGUUCUUGCAUGUGUGCAUUUGUAAUGUGGGGUCUGAGAGGUGUGGUCGGACCCCAUAUUCACGACUGAAGUGAAUGUUGAUCGUUCAAAGCCAUGUAGCCAUAGUGCAGUCGUUCCUUUUGUUACCGGCUACUUCCUGUGAUUAACCUGGAAGUAGUCGCCAUGUUGAAGCUUGGAGAAAGCUGCUGGUCAAACCUGCACUUAAACAAACUGCUCCUCAAAUGUUUCGCUGCAGUCGAGUGUUUUUUCCGUUGAAAUUUCAAGGGAACAGUUUUGCCUUUUUUACGUUUUAUGUACACAUUUCUUUUUUUUAAAUCUUGUGACAGGCUCAUUUACCUCGUUCUGAUAUAAGGGAAAUUAUCCAGUAGGUGAAUUUGGCUCCAUAAAACUUAAACAAAGGAUACUCAUUUCAUUUUGGCUGGUGUAUUAUUUAUGGUCUAGUGGCCUUUGUGUCAUGCAGCAUAUUUAAUGAUUCUCUGUUAACUUGUGACCUAAAUGUUUCUUUGACUUUGUAUUGGAUUUUAAGCAGGUUGGAUUUAACAAAUCAUUUUAAAUGUCAAAACACAUUUCCCCUGAUAUCCCUUUGAUAAGUCUUUGGGUCUCCGUCUAGAAGAAUAAUUUAAAGUUCAGUAUUUGUUUUAUUUAAUAAUAUAAUAUGUCAUUUUGGGCACUCAAUGAGCCUGUUACUAACGUGUGUUCUUCAGUCAGUGUAUAUAGCUUGUAUGGAUGGUAAUUUGUACAUACUGACAUUUGGCAUUAAAAGCCCUAUUUAUUUCAGAUACUGUAUGGCAUGUUCAGCUAAUGAAUGGUUAAAGCCAUUGUUCUAUGAUAUCAGAUUGUUUAAGUAAAUAAAGAUUGAGAUGACAAAUAA